CCGCAACGACACCGAAACGUAGUGUUAGUUUAUACAACUGACGUCGGCCAUAUUUGUUUUCCAGUUUCGUGUCGUCGAUGAAUACAAUGCGAUAAAAGUGAAUAAAUCUACGUAAAAAAGAUAAUUAGUAUUUUUCAUCUUCAACAUGGCUUUACCUCCAUUUAUGUUGGGUCAGCCCUACAUGAUGGGCAUGUUGGCCCAACAGCAGGCGGUAGCGGCCGCACAGUUGGCCGCCCAAGCCCAGGCCCACCAGGCUCAGGUACAGGCACAAGUUCAGGCUCAGAUUCAAUUACAACAGCAGCAGCAACAACAACAGAGCGUGCAGGCCCAGCAGCAGCCUUCAGAAUUGUUAACGGAAGAGAAGUUGCAAGAGAAAGCACGCAAAUGGCAACAGUUACAAUCCAAAAGAUAUGCCGAGAAGCGGAAGUUCGGUUUUGUGGACGCCCAGAAAGAAGAAAUGCCGCCGGAACACAUCCGAAAAAUUAUAAGAGAUCACGGCGACAUGAGCAGUAGAAAAUACCGUCACGACAAAAGGGUUUAUUUGGGAGCAUUGAAAUAUAUGCCUCAUGCCGUAUUAAAAUUAUUGGAAAAUAUGCCAAUGCCUUGGGAACAGAUAAGAGACGUCAAGGUGUUAUACCACAUAACAGGCGCCAUAACUUUCGUCAAUGAAAUACCUUGGGUUAUCGAACCCAUAUAUAUUGCUCAGUGGGGUUCCAUGUGGAUAAUGAUGAGAAGAGAGAAAAGAGACAGGCGGCAUUUUAAAAGAAUGAGAUUUCCGCCGUUUGACGACGAAGAACCUCCGCUCGAUUAUGCCGAUAACGUCUUGGACGUGGAGCCUUUGGAGGCCAUCCAAAUGGAUCUGGAUGCCGAAGAGGACGCAGAAGUAACAAAGUGGUUCUACGAUCACAAGCCAUUAACCGAAACAAAACACGUAAAUGGAUCCACCUAUCGUCAUUGGAAUCUUACUCUGCCCCAGCUCGCCACCCUGUAUCGUCUGGCUAAUCAGUUAUUAACUGACUUAGUAGAUGAUAAUUAUUUCUAUCUCUUUGAUCUGAAGUCGUUUUUCACUGCAAAAGCUCUCAACAUGGCCAUUCCGGGAGGUCCGAAGUUCGAACCUUUGAUCAAGGAUGCGAAUCCAGGUGACGAAGACUGGAACGAAUUUAACGAUAUUAAUAAAAUAAUCAUCCGUCAACCGGUGCGGACGGAAUAUCGGAUCGCCUUCCCUUAUUUAUACAACAACCUGCCGCAUUACGUUCAUCUGUCCUGGUAUCACACUCCGAAUGUUGUUUUUAUCAAGACUGAAGAUCCUGACUUGCCUGCAUUCUAUUUUGAUCCGCUUAUAAAUCCGAUUUCUCACAGGCAUGCGGUUAAGGGAAUGGAACCGCUACCAGAUGAUGAUGAAGAAUUUGAACUGCCGGAAAAUGUUCAGCCAUUCCUCCAAGAUUGUCCUCUUUAUACGGAUAAUACGGCCAACGGCAUAGCACUUCUUUGGGCUCCAAGACCUUUUAACCUUCGCUCCGGAAGAACUCGCAGAGCGAUCGAUGUCCCCCUCGUAAAAUCUUGGUAUCGUGAACACUGUCCACCGGGAAUGCCUGUAAAAGUUAGAGUUUCCUAUCAGAAGUUAUUGAAAUAUUACGUCUUGAAUGCUCUGAAGCACAGACCUCCAAAACCUCAAAAGAAAAGAUACUUAUUCCGUUCUUUCAAAUCGACAAAAUUUUUUCAAACCACCACUUUAGAUUGGGUGGAAGCAGGUUUACAAGUGUGUAGACAAGGUUAUAAUAUGCUGAACCUGCUCAUUCACAGGAAGAACUUGAAUUAUCUUCAUCUCGAUUAUAAUUUCAACCUGAAACCUGUGAAGACCCUUACAACAAAAGAAAGAAAGAAAUCACGUUUCGGAAAUGCAUUCCACUUGUGUCGAGAAAUUUUACGCCUGACGAAACUCGUAGUUGACAGUCACGUUCAGUAUCGUCUGAAUAACGUUGAUGCCUUUCAGCUCGCCGACGGGCUACAGUACAUAUUUGCACACGUUGGGCAACUCACCGGAAUGUAUCGAUACAAAUAUAAAUUGAUGAGACAGAUUCGAAUGUGCAAGGAUUUGAAGCAUCUUGCCUACUACCGUUUCAAUACCGGGCCUGUCGGAAAAGGUCCGGGAUGCGGAUUUUGGGCCCCAGGCUGGCGAGUGUGGUUAUUCUUUAUGAGAGGUGUCACUCCAUUGUUAGAAAGAUGGCUUGGGAAUCUAUUGUCGAGACAGUUUGAAGGACGACACUCAAAAGGUGUCGCAAAAACCGUUACGAAGCAGAGAGUGGAGAGCCAUUUUGAUUUGGAAUUGAGGGCUUCGGUUAUGCACGAUAUAGUGGACAUGAUGCCCGAAGGCAUUAAGCAGAAUAAAGCUCGUACAAUACUUCAGCAUCUUAGUGAAGCGUGGCGUUGUUGGAAGGCCAACAUUCCGUGGAAGGUCCCAGGAUUGCCGAUCCCCAUCGAAAGUAUGGUUCUUAGGUACGUAAAGAUGAAAGCAGACUGGUGGACCAACACGGCACAUUACAAUAGAGAACGUAUCCGACGAGGUGCGACGGUGGACAAGACGGUGUGUAAAAAGAAUCUCGGUAGGCUGACACGUCUGUACUUGAAAGCCGAACAAGAAAGACAACAUAACUAUUUGAAGGACGGGCCAUACAUCAGUGCCGAAGAAGCUGUUGCCAUAUACACGACGACAGUCCACUGGCUAGAAAGUAGAAGGUUCUCGCCUAUUCCGUUCCCUCCACUUUCGUAUAAACAUGAUACAAAGUUACUCAUUCUAGCAUUAGAGAGGUUAAAAGAAGCAUACAGCGUUAAGAGUAGAUUGAAUCAGUCUCAGCGAGAAGAAUUAGGUUUAAUAGAGCAGGCAUAUGACAAUCCUCAUGAAGCUCUGUCACGUAUUAAACGUCAUCUCCUAACCCAGAGAGCAUUUAAAGAGGUUGGGAUAGAAUUUAUGGAUUUGUAUAGUCAUUUGAUUCCGGUUUACGAUGUCGAGCCGUUGGAAAAGAUAACAGACGCUUACCUGGAUCAGUAUUUGUGGUAUGAAGCCGACAAGCGGCGUUUGUUUCCGCCUUGGAUAAAACCGGCAGACUCAGAGCCUCCACCUCUUCUAGUUUAUAAAUGGUGUCAAGGUAUAAAUAAUUUACAAGAUGUGUGGGAAACUGGUGAAGGCGAAUGCAGUGUUAUGUUAGAAUCUCGUUUUGAGAAGAUGUAUGAGAAGAUCGACUUGACACUCCUAAAUAGACUUCUCCGUCUCAUUGUCGAUCAUAACAUAGCCGAUUACAUGACGGCUAAAAAUAAUGUUGUGAUCAAUUACAAGGAUAUGAACCACACCAAUUCUUACGGCAUUAUCCGAGGAUUACAGUUUGCGUCUUUCAUCGUCCAGUAUUAUGGUCUCGUGAUGGAUCUUUUGGUGUUGGGUCUGCAAAGGGCGAGCGAAAUGGCGGGACCACCGCAAAUUCCAAACGAUUUCUUAACAUAUCAAGACAUUGUGACGGAAACAGCACAUCCGAUUAGGUUAUUUUCACGUUACAUUGAUAGGAUCCACAUAUUCUUCAGAUUCACAGCUGAAGAAGCUCGUGACUUAAUUCAGAGAUAUUUGACUGAACAUCCCGAUCCCAACAAUGAGAAUAUCGUCGGAUAUAACAAUAAGAAGUGCUGGCCGAGGGACGCUCGCAUGAGACUGAUGAAACAUGACGUAAAUUUAGGCAGAGCCGUUUUCUGGGAUAUCAAAAAUAGAUUACCCAGAUCCGUGACUACGAUUCAGUGGGAAAACAGUUUCGUAUCUGUAUACAGCAAGGAUAAUCCAAACCUGUUGUUCAAUAUGAGUGGAUUCGAAUGCCGUAUUUUGCCAAAGUGUCGAAUGACACACGAAGAAUUCACUCACAAAGAUGGAGUCUGGAAUCUUCAAAAUGAAGUAACAAAAGAAAGGACUGCGCAGUGUUUCCUGAGAGUCGACGAUGAAUCGAUGCAAAGAUUUCAUAAUCGCGUACGCCAAAUACUGAUGGCGUCGGGCUCUACAACAUUUACAAAAAUUGUCAACAAAUGGAACACUGCUCUGAUUGGUUUGAUGACAUAUUUUCGUGAGGCCGUAGUAAACACUCAAGAACUUCUGGAUUUAUUGGUGAAGUGUGAAAAUAAAAUCCAGACCAGAAUAAAGAUCGGCCUGAAUUCAAAAAUGCCAAGCAGAUUUCCUCCUGUCGUGUUUUACACGCCAAAAGAGUUGGGCGGAUUAGGAAUGCUGUCCAUGGGCCACGUUCUCAUUCCGCAGUCCGAUUUAAGAUGGUCGAAGCAGACAGAUGUAGGAAUCACUCAUUUCCGAUCGGGAAUGAGCCACGAUGAAGACCAGGUCAUUCCCAACCUGUAUCGAUAUAUUCAACCGUGGGAAAGCGAGUUCAUCGAUUCGCAGAGAGUCUGGGCCGAGUAUGCGUUAAAACGUCAAGAGGCACUGGCACAAAACAGACGUCUUACGCUGGAGGAUUUGGAAGACAGUUGGGACCGUGGAAUUCCACGCAUCAACACGCUGUUUCAGAAAGACAGACACACAUUGGCAUACGACAAGGGAUGGAGAGUACGAACCGACUUUAAACAAUACCAAGUUCUGAAGCAAAAUCCAUUCUGGUGGACUCAUCAGAGACACGAUGGUAAAUUGUGGAAUUUAAAUAAUUAUCGGACUGACAUGAUACAAGCUCUUGGUGGUGUGGAAGGAAUUUUAGAACAUACUCUUUUCAAAGGAACGUAUUUUCCAACCUGGGAAGGUCUUUUCUGGGAGAAGGCUAGUGGAUUCGAAGAAUCCAUGAAGUACAAAAAAUUGACCAAUGCCCAACGAUCGGGUCUCAAUCAAAUUCCCAAUCGACGUUUUACACUGUGGUGGUCUCCCACCAUUAACAGGGCAAAUGUAUACGUCGGGUUUCAAGUACAGUUGGAUCUGACUGGAAUAUUCAUGCACGGAAAGAUUCCGACGUUGAAGAUUUCUCUGAUCCAAAUCUUCCGUGCCCAUCUGUGGCAGAAAAUUCACGAAAGCAUAGUCAUGGAUUUGUGUCAGGUGUUUGAUCAAGAAUUGGAUGCAUUGGAAAUUGAAACUGUUCAGAAAGAAACUAUUCAUCCUAGAAAGUCAUACAAAAUGAACAGCUCUUGCGCAGACAUUCUCCUGUUUGCAGCAUACAAGUGGAAUGUGUCGAGGCCGUCACUUCUGGCAGAUUCAAAGGAUACGAUGGACGGUACGACUACCCAAAAAUACUGGAUAGAUGUUCAGUUACGUUGGGGCGAUUACGACUCUCACGAUAUCGAAAGAUACGCGAGGGCAAAGUUUCUCGACUACACCACCGACAACAUGAGUAUAUAUCCAUCUCCCACUGGCGUACUGAUUGCGAUUGACCUGGCUUACAAUUUACACAGUGCUUACGGUAAUUGGUUCCCCGGUUGUAAGCCAUUAAUCCAGCAAGCGAUGGCAAAAAUCAUGAAGGCUAAUCCCGCACUUUAUGUGUUGAGAGAGAGAAUCAGAAAAGGUCUUCAGUUGUAUUCUUCGGAGCCUACAGAACCUUAUCUUUCGUCACAGAACUACGGAGAGCUGUUCUCCAAUCAGAUUAUUUGGUUUGUGGACGACACUAAUGUGUAUCGUGUAACAAUUCAUAAGACUUUUGAAGGCAACUUGACGACCAAACCCAUUAAUGGUGCCAUAUUUAUUUUUAAUCCACGUACCGGUCAGCUGUUCUUGAAGAUUAUUCACACUUCGGUUUGGGCGGGACAAAAACGUCUGGGACAGUUGGCAAAAUGGAAGACUGCAGAAGAAGUCGCUGCCCUGAUUCGUUCUCUACCCGUUGAAGAACAGCCCAAACAGAUCAUUGUAACCAGAAAGGGAAUGCUGGAUCCGCUAGAGGUACACUUGCUGGAUUUUCCGAAUAUCGUAAUUAAGGGUAGUGAAUUACAACUUCCCUUCCAAGCCUGUUUGAAAGUGGAGAAAUUUGGCGAUCUCAUAUUGAAAGCAACCGAACCUCAAAUGGUUUUAUUCAAUCUGUACGACGAUUGGUUGAAGACUAUUUCAUCGUAUACCGCAUUUUCGCGUCUCAUAUUGAUUUUGAGAGCACUUCACGUCAACAACGAGAGGACCAAAGUCAUCUUGAAGCCUGAUAAGACGACCAUUACAGAACCCCAUCACAUUUGGCCCACGUUGACAGACGAAGAGUGGAUCAAAGUAGAAGUUCAGUUGAAAGAUCUGAUUUUGGCUGAUUACGGAAAAAAGAACAACGUAAAUGUGGCAUCUCUGACGCAGUCGGAGAUCCGUGACAUCAUUUUGGGUAUGGAAAUUUCCGCCCCGUCUGCACAGAGGCAGCAAAUUGCAGAAAUCGAAAAACAGACCAAAGAACAGUCCCAACUGACGGCGACCACCACUCGUACUGUUAAUAAGCACGGGGAUGAGAUAAUCACUUCGACCACUAGCAAUUACGAGACGUCGACAUUCUCAUCUAAAACUGAAUGGAGAGUAAGAGCCAUAUCUGCUACCAAUCUUCAUCUGCGAACCAAUCACAUCUACGUCUCUUCGGAUGACAUCAAAGAAACUGGAUACACUUACAUUCUCCCAAAGAAUAUCCUGAAAAAGUUCAUCAUCAUAUCAGAUUUGAGGACGCAGAUUUCCGGUUAUCUCUAUGGAGUUAGUCCAUCGGAUAAUCCACAAGUAAAGGAAAUAAGGUGUAUAGUGAUGCCGCCACAGUGGGGUACCCAUCAGACGGUGCAUUUGCCAAAUAUAUUGCCCCAGCACGAAUAUCUACAAGAAAUGGAACCACUUGGAUGGGUUCAUACACAACCGAACGAACUUCCUCAGCUCUCACCGCAGGAUGUGACAACACAUGCGAAAAUAAUGGCUGACAAUCCAUCUUGGGAUGGAGAAAAGACAAUAGUCAUUACCUGCAGUUUCACACCCGGUUCCUGUUCGCUGACCGCCUACAAGCUGACACCCAGUGGAUACGAAUGGGGUCGACAGAAUACAGACAGAGGCAACAACCCCAAAGGUUAUUUGCCUUCCCACUACGAAAGAGUACAGAUGUUGCUGUCGGACCGUUUCCUCGGCUUCUUUAUGGUUCCGUCGCAGGGAUCCUGGAACUACAACUUCAUGGGCGUCAGGCACGAUCCCAACAUGAAGUACGAACUGCAGUUGGCCAAUCCAAAAGAAUUUUAUCACGAGGUUCACAGGCCCUCUCACUUUCUGAACUUUAGUAACCUGGAAGAUAGCGAGGGAGUGGGAGCUGAUCGUGAGGACCAUUAUGUGUGAAGCAUUUGAUAUGUAAACAAAACAUUACGCAUGAUGUACACAACCAUUUUUCGAGGAUGCUCGACUCGUAGUGAAGUCUUUCUUUUUUAUUUUAAAUACAUGUUAAGCACAUGUCUGUGUGUGACCGGUAGCACGUGUAUCCUUAAACCGUUCCUGCGGAUGUAUGUAUCUAUAA